UUCAUCACUUCAAGUAGACAUUUAGUUUUUCCCAGAUACUUGCUCGAGCAAGUUUUCGUUUUCACGUGUGAAAUACGAGAAAGAAGAAGAGGAUGAAAAUUCUACAAUUUUUGAAUUUUUUGAUCAUUUUCUUGCAUAGGGUGAAAAGUGAUGAUUCACAUUCGAGGUGCAAUGAUACAUCGGGGACAAAUCGAUAUGUCAGCAGAAAUAAUUUUCUUUCAUUUUGCGACAAUGAAGACAGAGGAGAUCCAAGAAUGGAAAAUUGGCAUUUCAUGAAAAAGAAAAGCUGCUCUUUAAUGACAGUCGACACUGAUGAUGUCAUUGUUUUCACUGUCGCUACAAAUGCCACCGAUGGUUACAAAAGAUUCAUUAAAUCCUCCAAAGUUUAUGGAUUUAAUGAUAAAGUAAAAGUUCUUGGCUUUGGGGAAUCGUGGAAAGGUGGCGAUGUCCAGAGAACAACUGGCGGUGCACAAAAAUUGAAUCUCCUCAAACAGGCGCUUGAUGAAUACAAAGAUGAUACGAAAAAAAUUAUGCUCUUCACCGAUGGCUACGAUGUGAUAUUCCUGACGGACUUGGAUAGUAUUGUGGAAAAAUUCAAGGAUUUUAAUGCACGAAUUGUCUUCUCCGCUGAAAAGCAUUGUUGGCCGGAUAAAAAUCUAAUUUCCGAAUAUCCUUCAAUUGCGAGAGGUUUACGUUUUCUAAAUUCGGGAGGAUACAUUGGUUACGUGUCCGAUAUUUAUUCGCUAUUAUCUAAUGUCGAAUUGAAGGACGACGAUGACGAUCAAUAUUUUUACACAAAAGUUUAUUUGGACCAAGAAUUGCGGGAGAAGCAUAAAAUUAAGCUCGAUCAUAAGGCGGAAAUCUUUCAAAAUCUCUAUGCAGCUUUAGGCGAUGUUGAAUUAAUGUUCAAGGGAAAUGAAGCCUAUGUUCAAAAUAAAGAAUACAAUACUGUGCCAAUGAUUCUACAUGGCAAUGGACUAAGUAAAAUAGCGUUAAAUUAUUUAGGAAAUUAUCUCGCCAAUGCCUGGAGUCCAGAGAAGGGUUGCAUUGAUUGUUGGGUUGAUACAAUUAAUUUAGAAAAAGCUAAAACUAAAGCAUUUCCAGUAAUUCAAAUAGCGGCAUUUAUUGUCAAACCAAUGCCAUUUUUAGAAGAGUUCCUGAUAAAAAUACACCAACAAUCAUAUCCGAGGGAGAAAUUACAUCUCUUCAUUUACAAUAAUGUUCCAUAUCAUAAAGAAUUGGUGGAGAAAUUUAUCAGUGAACAUGGAAGUGAUUAUAAAAGUAUAAAGACAAUUGCACCUGAAGAUGAAAUUAAUGAGGUCGACGCUCGAGAUUUAGCAAUGGAUCGGUGCUUGGCGAAAAAAUGUUCGGGAUACUUUUCAAUAGACGCCGAGGCACAUUUGGAUAAUAAGGAAACAUUGAGAUUCUUGGUGGAACAACAAAGAGGAAUUGUUGCUCCAUUAAUUGUGAGAAAAUUCAAGGCUUGGAGUAAUUUCUGGGGUGCGCUCACUGAUGACGGAUAUUAUGCCCGCAGUUCCGAUUAUAUGCAAAUUAUUCACAAUGAACGAAGGGGACUGUGGAACGUGCCAUUUAUUAGCAGUUGUUAUUUAAUUAAUUCAACUAUCAUUAGCAAUAAAGAAACGCGUCCAUUGUACACGAAAGGCGAUCUUGAUCCGGAUAUGUCUUUUGCAUUAAAUAAUAGACUGAAGGAUGUGUUUAUGUACGUCAGCAAUAGAAUGGAUUUUGGACAUUUGAUAAAUCCGGAAACUUUUAAAAUUUCAUACACUAAUCCGGAUAUGUAUCAGAUUAUUGACAAUAGAAUCGAUUGGGAGGAGAGAUAUUUGCAUGAGGAUUAUUCAAAGAAUUUUGACGAUGGUGUUAAGCACCAGCAGCCCUGUCCUGACGUUUUUUGGUUCCCUAUUGUCAACACCAGAAUGACCACAGAAUUAAUCGAAAUUAUGGAGGCUUUUGGAAAAUGGUCCGAUGGAUCCAACCAGGAUAACAGAAUCGAUGGUGGCUAUGAAGCUGUACCAACGCGAGAUGUUCACAUGAAACAAGUUGAUUUAGAAAAAGAAUGGUUAGAUUUUCUAGCAGAGUACGUGGAUCCUUUGCGAGAAUUAGUUUUUCCAGAGAGAGACGAAUACCCUCCGAGAUCGUUGAUGAAUUUUGUUGUUCGUUAUAAACCUGAAGAACAACCAUCGUUGAGACCACAUCACGAUAGUUCAACAUACACGAUAAAUAUCGCUCUAAACAGAGCUGGAAUUGAUUACGAAGGCGGUGGCUGUAGAUUUAUUCGUUACAAUUGUUCAGUGAAGGAUACAAAACCCGGAUGGAUGUUGAUGCAUCCUGGAAGACUAACACACUUUCACGAAGGUUUGACUGUAACAAAAGGUACACGUUACAUAAUGAUUUCCUUUGUAGAUCCAUGAAAAAAAAAUUUAUUCUAGGAGAGCAAAGCACUGUUAUAAAUUUUAGGGAAAUUAUCUUUUUUUAUAUUUCCAAUUUCUAUAUUAUGUAUAUUUCUUCCAUUCAUUUUCAAUAUCUACUAUUUUUCCAUUCAUUUUCUGGUUCAAUUCAGAAAAUUAUUUGUUUAUUUUUAUUUUCAACGAAAAGUUUAUGCAUUUUUAUCUGAAAUGUAAAUUUUUGUAUAAAUGUCUCUCUAUAAAAAAAAGGAAAAAAAAAAGAUUUGUCUUAAAUUGAAAGACUAAACGGACGAGAGAGUCAACAAAUAUUUAGAUAAUUAUUGUCAGAGAAAAAAAAUACGUCUAAAUAAUUUAACGAUCGUUAAUAAUAAUUGGACCAAAAUGUAAAAAAAGUUUUUGAAAAAUUAAAAUUCUCUUAUUUGAAUAAUUUCAAUUUAUAAUUUAAACAAU